UGGUUUUUGGUUUAGACAGCCGAAAGCGUUGGUGUUGCGUUUCAGUAUUUCACAAUGCAGUUGGUAGUUGGUUGCGUUUACUCGUAUUCUCUUCUCGUCCAUCACAACGGCAAAACGAUAUAUAACUGAUGGCAUUAAAUUAUGCCUGUUAAAACGCCUGUGAAAGAGUCGCGCUCUUGACCGGUAACUGGUAAGUGUAAUUGAAUAUUCGACUAAAAACAAAGUAAUUCAAUACUACAUAGGACGACGCGCAUAUGACUUGUAACUUUAAAUUUUUUAUCUCUGCAUAUUAUUUUUUGUAUAGUUAUUAUUACACAUUAUUAGAAAUGUUAAAAUGACUAAUGAAAAAAAUUAAUAAAUACAUUUUGAAGAAAUUUACCCUAUAGGUAAACGUUCAAAAAACAAAUACCUACCUGUUUUAAGUAUAUUCAAUUUAAUACAUUUUUCAGGAUUUAUUGGUACUUGUUCGGCAUAUCUAAGUAAAAAUAUAUUUGUAUUUUUAUUAAAAUUGUACAUUAUUUUUGUAUACCUACCAAUUUUAAUUUUUUUCUUUUCUUAAUAAAAUGGUAAAUGCCUAUGAUUAUUAGUCGAGAUAAUACUAUAGGUAUACCUAGGUACCAGUGUUGGGUAGUAACAUAACAGAAGUAACAUAUUAUUUUAUUUGUAACAUUUUUUUUAAUUUCGUUAUAAGAUUGUUUCCAAGUAAUAAAAAUGUAAUGGAAGUUACUUUUGAUAAGUAAUUCUUAGGUACUAUAAAAUAAUAUGUAUGUCUAAUGCAGUUAUUAGCCAUUGGGUAUACCAAAUAUAAAAUAUAAUAUUAUAUAUAUUAAAAGCCCUUUCAUAUGAAUCAAACGCAAUUUUUAAUUAUUCAUUUCAUUUUAAUUUUACACUAGACCACUUUCUUUUCAAUGAUGAAGUUGUUGAAAAACUAUAUUCAGUAAUUGAACAUUUUAUGAAAGUUCACACACCAUAUCUCACAGUUUUAAAUUCAAUGAUAUUAAUGAAAGAUAUUUUUAUUAAAUUCAAUACAGCUUUACUAUCUAGUGCUUCAAACGAACAUGUUGCUGUCCCAUUCAUAAAAAUAGUUUGCGCUGCCACUGAUUAUAUUUAUCUCUAAGUAAUUAGUAAAGUAACUUAAUUAAUUUUUAAAAGCAAUUUACCCAACAUUGCUAUGUACAAUAAUAAAUUAGAUUCUAAAUAAUAUUGUUAAUUCUUAUAAUUUGCUAUUUCUCUAUUUGUGAGUAUUUAAAUUUGUUUUUUGUGUUAUGGACAACUGUUUAACACCAAAUUUUAGUUGAACUUUAACCAGUGUUAAAAAUAAAUAGACACAAUUUUUAUAAGUAUAUUUUAUUUUAUUUUUUUAUUGUCUAAAGGCUUUACCUUGUCACUGCAUAUAUAUGUUAUUAAAUUGUAAAAAUAUGCAAACAUUUUAUUAAUGUGAAAUAGUCUGACAUGAAGGUGUUUACAAUAGAUAUUUUCAGACUCAUCCUUAAAGGCGUUGCUGGCUGUUCAUAUUUAUAUUUUGGGUUCCUCAACUAGAUUAGCUUACUAUGUGCAUGUUAAAGUUGAGCGAUAACUUUCCUGCGAUAGGAUUUUCGCGCAUUUAGUUCCUUGAACUUUUAUAAUCAAUUUUAAAAUGUGCAGCUAGGUAUUAUAAUUAACACCUAUAAAUUGUAUUAAUAUAUACUAGAAUUAUAAUGUUUUGUAUCUUAUUUAUUGCUAUGUCUUUCCUAAGUGAUUAUUAUGCGAGGGCAAUUUUAUAAGCUAUACCUGAAAUUUGGCCGUGACUGAGACAGAUUUCAAUAACCUAUUUUCCAGAUGGUGAAUAUAUAUUCAGCGCAUAUAGGGUCACUGUUUGGUCCACUGAGGCUAACUCGACUAGGUUAACAUUACUUAAAAUAUACCUAUAAAUUAUAUUAUAUACCUAUUAUAUUAUUAUAUUUAUCAAAAGCGAAAGACGGUGCCUGUAACAUUUAUCUGUCUGGUCUUUUGUCAGCUAUUUUUAGAUUAUUUUAAAAUUUCAUAAAUAACUAAAUUUUAGUAGAAAUGUUGUUAAGUGUCUUAUUUCAAAAUGGAUUUAUAUGUUAUAAAAACUAAGUGUCCUGUAUGUUUGCUAAUCCAAAACAUUCUUAAAUUCAUAUUGAAAGAAAUAUAAUAAUAUUCUUUAUAUUAAUAUAUAUGUUACCAAAAAUUGGAACUUUAUGAGAAAAAUAAAUAUUUGGAAAUUACUUUAAACAUUAAACAGACAGCCAAGAAAACUGCAUGGUAUAAUUUUUCUAAUGCUUUAAUAUUAUUAUUACCUAUGUUAUUUUUUAGUGGUUGCUUGAACAUGGAGUCAACUCAUAAAGUUGGAUAUUCUAAGAUAUCUGUAACAGGGCCAGUAGACUUGCAAAUGUUAUUAAAUCCUUCUGUUAACAUAAAAGUUAAGCUGCAGCUCUUACAGAAAAUUUAUGAUGUUCUCGGGGUAAUUUAAAAUUGUAUUUUCAUUAUAAAGUUAUAAUAAUAGUAUUAUAUAAUAUAGAUUAUUUUAUUUCACAUAUUUUAUUUUCAGGAUUGUUGUAAAACUCAACAAUACUUUGAUACAAUGGUUUUUGUUUUUGUCAAAUUAUUAACUAUUGUUGAUCCAAGUUUUACACCAGAACAAGACCAAUUUGUAAGUAUUUUUAAAAUUAUUAUUUGUAAACAAAUAGUGUUUAGUGACCUGUGUAGUUUGCUGUUUAUUGAUCAAAUUUAUAUUAUAUAAACAACAGCAUAUAAUAUUUUUCUUGUUAUAACUUAGUUCUUUCAGCUCUCAAUAACCUUUCACUCCCGUAUAAUUUUUGGUAUGUAUUCUAUCCUUAGUUUUCCUUUUCUAGUUUCAAUAAUCAUACUUAAAACAUGUUUACCAAAUCAUUGUAUCUUUUUUUUUUAUUUUCUUGUAAACAUAUCCCUAAAUGUAUAAAAUGUGAAUGUUAAAUCACCCUUGUUUUAUAUAUACUGUUGUUCUUUAUAUAUUUUUUCUUUUCAUUGUAUUCAAUUCUUAAGUAUUUUAUAGCUAUGUUGUUUACUGUAUUAUUAUACAUUUUGAACUUUUUAUUUUUAUCUAUCAGUGAUAAUAUUAUACAUAUUAUAAUAUUAUAAAAUGUAUGAUUUUUGUUUUAUUCGCAGAAAAUGAGAUUACUUAUUAUAGAAAUAAUUCAUAAGGUCUGCAAUGACACUCACAAUAAGGAUAAAUUAAAAUGCCACAUCCAAAAUCUCAUGAGAAUAUGCUUAAAAAUUAUUGAAUCUGAUAAUGAGCGAUCUGUCGUGCUUUGCAUAUUUAUUUAUAGAGAUUUAUUAACUGUAUUUCAACCGAAAUUUGAUGGCUUUUUCAAAAUGGAGGUUAGUUCAUUAUAUUAUUUUUUACAUUUUUGAUAAGUAUCAUAGUUUAUUUAUCAAUAACAUAUAAAUAUGAAUUUGGAAAAAUACUGACUUUGUGACUUUAUUUGGUACCUAUUGUUGGGCACCAAAUCCAGACUAAACAAAUUUGUCCUAGGAGGAUAAUUUAAAGAGGUCAUUUUUCAAUUUUCUCAGUAGUUUCCUAACAAAUGUGAAAAACUGGGAUGAAACGUAAGAAAAUCUGGAAAAACUUAGGAAAACAGAAAAAAUUGGUACGAUAUUAAACAUAUAUUAUUAAAGUAAAUAUAUAAAGCUUAUUUAUUUUUUCAUAAAAUUACAUAUAUAUUGUUGACAAAGCAUCACUAUCAACUGAACUCUGUUCAGAAUUUUUUUGUAUACAAUGGUUUAUUGUUGCUUACAGGUAUACAGACAAAAUAGUGUUAAGCAAUUGGCUCAAUCUAAUUCUGGAAAAAAAAAAACGCAAGUCUCAGAAAUGGAUAGUUGCUUUCAUUAUCUUAAACAAUUUCGAAAAGUAGACUGGUCUUAUUGUUGCACUGAGCCUUUAAUUUUUUACAUCAUAAGUAUGUAUUUAGGUAAUUAAAAAACUGUCCUAGGAUAAUGGGGAUGGAUGCAGCCACUGUUCUAGGUAGUUUAAUGUAUACCUGUAAGCAUUGCUAAGGAAAAAACAGUUCUAAGCGGAAUUCAAUUGAUAGUGAUGCUUUGUCAACAAUAAAUGUGUCAUAUUAUGGUAAAAUAAUUAAAUAGGCAAAAUAUAUUUUCUUUAAUAAUAUUUGUUUAUUAUUAUACCGAUUUUCCAAUUUUUCCCAAGUUUUUCACACUUGCCUGGAAAACUUGGGAAAAUCAAACAUUUUCACAUUUCAAUCAGAAAAUGAGCUCCAUAAACUAUCAUAUUCCAUUCAGAUUUCCUUUAAGAAAUGGUGAUAUCAUUGUAUAUCUGAGCAAAAUUGCUCAUAGAAAAGUGGUUUACAGGAAAAAAGAAAGCUGUAAUAUUUUUAACUAAUACCUACAUUUCUAACAUUUUCCCUUGUUUUUUUUUUUUUGGUUUUUCACAUUUGGUGAGAAAAUAGAAAAAUGACUUCUCCAAAUAUCUUCCCAGUGAAAUUUUCUUUUACUAAAGGGUCUACAUUGUAUAUAUUGGAGUAAGCUUUCUGGUAGAAAAAGUGUUCACACAAUAAAAAGAAUAUAUAUAUUUUUAAAAUUAAUGCAUUCUUUGCUACAUUCAGAAUUUAAAAUGGGUACAAUUCAUUUAAUGUGUAUUAAAAUUAUCAAUCCAAAUUAUGAUAUAAAUAAUUUUCAUAAUUUAUUAUUUUAAUUUUUUUUUACUAAUCUAAUUUAUAAUUGUAUAAAAAUUGAUAUCAGUGGUUUAUUCUUAAAUAGGUGUUUAUUCUAUGGUAGUAUUGUGAUUGAUAUAAGUAAUUAUAAUAUACUGCAAAUACAACUCUUAACUUUAAUGUCAUGAUUACAAUAUAAAUAUUACUUUUCUUAUCAAAUCAAUUAAGUCAUUACAAAUUUACUUUUUUUUGUGCCUAGUCCAUUUAAGACGAACUAAAUGAUUAGCUCUAGAUUUAUAAAAUGGAUCUGAAGUCUGUAACUUUGGUCCAAUCUUGAUAUAGUGACUUGAUUGAAAAUUUGGAUUAUUAAAUUAUAAUUUGGAUUCCAGAUAAGGUUAAUUUGUUGCUCACUACUAGUAUCCAUUUUGUCAAGCAAUAUAUUUACAUGUGUAUGCUAAUUUUAUUUUUAUUUUUAGAUAUUAAAUUUUUUCAAACUUAUUUUGGACAUAUACAGAAAUUCUUCUACUCCAGAUAAAAUUUUUCCUAAACACAAAUCUAAUGAUUUAAAAGUAUUGAUUAAAACUGUUCGGCACAAUACUGUUAUACGUACAAAUAAUGCAGAUAGUGUAAGUAUUGGUAUAAUUGUUAAGAAUUAUUCUGAAAAAGAGUUUUAUUUUAUGAUAAAUACAUCAAGCUACCUUAAUCAAAGGUCACAUUUGAACAUUUUAUAUAAGAUUAAUGUGAUGUAAAUACAAUAUGAGAUUAUUUUAUAUUAUAUUAUUUGAAAAUUGUAUAAAUGAAUAAUUUAUAUAUUUUUUUUUUGAUUUAUUGUUUAGUUUAAUCUUAUACCCAUGGGAAGAAUAUCAUUAAAAGUUAUAAAGGAAUUUAGUGGGAUAUUGAAAUUGUAUUAUGUACUGUAUCAUGAUGUUCGAGCAUUCAUAAAAGAUAUUUUGGAUUUUGUUCCAGUGCUUAUGAAUUUUUUCAAUUUGGAUAUACCUUAUAAGUAUAUAGUUUUAUUUAAAAAUAGUAAUUGUAUUAUUUGAUUUAUAAAAUUAUAACUUCAAUGCAUUUCAGACCAGAUUACAGAGAUUUAGUAUUAGAUUUAAAACAUGCUCAAGCCAAAUUAUUAUCGUUUUUUUCAAUAAUUUUAAAAGACCAUAAAAAUACAGUUUAUGUACAUUGCUCUCCAUUGCCUGGAAGAUUAAUAAGCCUUCUAAGUUGUAAUAUGUCAUCAGAUGAUAGUAGUCUUCGUUUGGAAUUGCUUUCUGGACUUGAAUAUGUCAUACUUAGUGAUUAUAAAUGUGGUAUGCUUAUAUUAAUAUUUGAUGUAGGUUACUAGUCAUAUUAUGUAUAAUAUAUUAAUUGUAUUUUUAUAGAGUUUUUACCACACAUGGAUAAGUUUAUAGAUGAAACAUUAAUCACAGGUAAAAAUUGGUCAUUGAAACAAACAUUAAGACCUAGAGCUUAUAUAUACAUAGAUCAUCUUACUACAAAUUUACGUGGUCGACUAUCAAUGAAUUUUCUCAUGCGUGUAAUUCAUUUAUAUUUUUCAAAUAUAUUAGAUUGUACACUUCAACCAGAGUAAGUUCUUACAAUAAGUUAUUAAAAUAAAAAACUGUUUUUUGAAAACCAUAUAGUCUGCUGUUUGAUUAAUUAAAUUUAAAAGAAAUUAUGGCCAAGUAUUUAUUUAACACAACCUUUUAAUAUAGAUAUAAAAAUCUUGA